UAUAAACUCUCCGGCGAAUCUCUACCACGCCUCUGAUCUCACUUAUUUCGUCGGUGGCGGCGGCGAACAGAGGAAAGAAUGGCGAGUUUAAGAAGAGCCAUUGCCUUCACCCUUCCUCGCAUCCUUAACUCCACACCCAAAACCUCAGUUUCCAUCUCCCCGAUCUCCUCUCCCAUCCUCCACAGGUCCUUUUUGAGUUCGUUUUCGCGUCUCUAUUCUUCAAAAGAAUGUAAUUCCCAAUCGCUCGAUAUCGAUCUCUCUAAUGAAGAAACCAAAAGGCGUUUAUUCAACAGGCUUUUAUAUAGGAGCAAACAAAGAGGGUUCCUAGAGCUAGACCUUAUUCUUGGCAAGUGGGUCGAGGAUCAUAUAAAUUCUCUGGAUGAAAAUGGGAUUAAAGCUCUUGUUCAUGUUCUUGAUGUGGAGAAUCCCGAUCUUUGGAAGUGGUUGACAUGUCAGGAGCAACCCCCAGAUGCCAUAACCAGUAAUCCUGUAUUCAUUUCUGUCCGGGAAAAAGUCAUGAACAAUCUUGACAAACAUGCUGCACCUCAGACUCGAGCAAUCCCUGGGCAGCCAUGGGUGAGAGGAUGGGAUGAUAUCAAGAAAGGCCAAGAUGGCCCUAUAGCUGGGAAUCAGUAGUUUUUCUCAUAAAGAGUAGAAAAAUAAAUGUGAAAUGAAUACAAAGUCUUGGGCUUUUCAACAAUAAUUUUCUCAUAAAGAUUGCUGUAUUUUGCAUUUGUACAUGUCUGGCAAUUCUUGCUUUUCAGCUUAGAUUGGGAUUUUCUUGUACUUA